AUGCUAUUGCAGCCUGAAGCCCCCUUCAGAGGUCUGGCCCGGGACCCGCGCUCGCCCGCCUUGCUCAGCAACCCCAAACUGCGUGCCCUGGCAACGGCCCUGUCCCCAGGCUUCCUGAGGUUCGGUGGCACCGAGACAGAUUUUCUCAUCUUUGAUCCCAACAAGGAUUCAACUUCAGAAGAAAAAAUCCUCUGGGAACUUCAGGCCCAGCAAGAGGCUUGUGGCUCGAGGCCUGCAUUUGCUGCUGUUGAGAAGUUACUGCUGGCCCAGUGGCCCAGCCAGGAGAAGCUGAUUCUUGCAGAGCAUAACUGGAAAAAGCACAAAAACACCACCAUUACAAGAAAUACCCUGGAUAUUCUCUACAGCUUUGCAAACUGCUCAGGGUUUCACCUGAUCUUUGGGCUCAACGCCUUGCUGCGGAAAGAUGGCUUGCAGUGGGACAGCUCGAACGCCCGGGCACUGCUGGACUACUGUACCUCGCAGAGGUACAACAUCUCUUGGGAGCUCGGGAAUGAGCCCAAUAGCUUCAGGAAGAAAUCUGGCAUCUACAUCGAUGGCUUCCAGCUGGGGCAAGAUUUUAUUCACUUACGCCAACUUCUGAGUAACUAUACCCUCUACCGGCAUGCGAAGCUCUACGGUCCCGAUGUCGGGCAGCCCCGAAAGCACACACAGAAACUGCUGAGAAGCUUCCUGAAAUCAGGAGGGAAGGUGAUCGAUUCUGUCACGUGGCACCAUUACUAUGUGAAUGGACGAAGUGCAACGAGGGAGGAUUUCUUGAGCCCUGAAGUGCUGGAUACCUUUGUCGCAGCUGUACACGAAGUCCUGGAGAUUGUUGGUGGGACCGUGCCCAACAAGAAGGUCUGGCUAGGAGAGACAAGUUCUGCCUAUGGAGGGGGAGCUCCCAGGCUGUCCAACACUUAUGUUGCUGGCUUUAUGUGGUUGGACAAACUCGGACUUUCAGCCAGGCAGGGGAUUGACGUGGUGAUGAGACAGGUUUUCUUUGGGGCAGGGACCUAUCACCUGGUGGAUGCCAACUUUGAGCCUUUGCCGGACUACUGGCUCUCGCUGCUCUACAAGAAGCUGGUGGGUACCAAGGUGCUGCAGGUCAGCCUGGUGGGAGCUGACGAGAGGAAGCUCCGUGUCUACCUCCACUGCACGAACACCCUCCACCCAAAGUACAGAGAAGGGGACGUGACGCUGUUUGCCUUAAACCUCUACAAUGUUACCCAACAUUUGCAGCUACCGAAUUACUUAUCAAGCAAGCACGUGGAUCAGUACCUCUUACUGCCUCGUGGCAAAGAGAAUAUACUUUCCAGGUCUAUUGAGCUAAAUGGCCGUGUGCUACGGAUGGUGGAUGACAAAAUGCUGCCAGAGCUUAUCGAAAAACCCCUUGGUCCCGGCAGUGUACUUGGCCUUCCAGCCUUCUCUUACGGCUUUUAUGUUAUCAAAAACGCCAAAGCUAUUGCUUGCAUUUAAAUGGUUAGUACACGCGUGCAGGAUAAAUGUAAAGCACUUGGCUAGUAGGGAAGUUUAAUCCUAGAAAUUCACGUUUCUACCAUGAGAUUUAAUUCUGGCAAGGGAUGCAAAUGUGGUGGCACUGGUAUGAUCUGUGGGCUGGGGAAGACAUGAGGUCCCGCUGAGUACGUGAAAGAUGCUCAUUAAGCUCCCGGGAGAAUUAUCCAGGUAGAGCUAGCCCAGGCAGGGGCUGGAUUUGCUCUCAGUCCAGCCUGGGUUGCUGUGCUCGAGCCUGGAGCCCUUCUCCAUGCCAUGCGCGGAGCUGUGUCAGCUUCUCACGCUGCACUGGGGGCACUGCCAGCCAGGAACUGCAACCUCCCCUCUCCUUCUAAUUUCUGCAAGCACAGCUCUUAAAGCAGUUCCUUCAAAAGCUUGCCUUCAGGAAGGAUGAGCAGGUAUUUUAUUUUAGCUGUACAGCUGUGAUUUUGCCUGCACUGUGUGGGGAAGCCCAAGGAGGGGUUGCAGUUGCUGAGGGCAUCUCGGGGUGGAAGGUGGGGACAUGAAAAGCAAACCAAGGUUGGGGUGCCUACAGGGGAAAACGCCUUGCCAAGAAACCAGGUCCUUCAUGGGAUUUGGGGCAGCACCGCACAUUUUUCCCAAGCUAGGAGAGUUCAGUCACAAGAUGGAGCUGUGGCCACAUGCUUUCCAAAGGCGAGUUUUUGACACACAAAAUGCAGGCUGUUCCUGCCAGGGUGGUCUACCUCUGUCAUCACACACUUCGUCCCUGGGAGGAAAGGAGAGGAACCCACAGGCGCCCCGGCAAACCCUCCGUGGCCAGUGGGCUGUACGGUGAGGGCUCAUGACUCAACCUUCACCACCCCGCAGGUGGUUCAGCUGGAAAGGACUUCCCUGAACCUAUCUGCAGGAGCAGCUCUGCUUUACGCUCCCUAACUCGCUCAGGUCUCUUCUGUUCUCGAGGAGACAGGAGAGUAAAGAGACUGAGCAAACCACCCACCCCUCAACCAUCAGAGGGACUUCAGUGGCCUUAGAGCAUUCUGGGGACAAACCUGCCCGGCCAGGCUGACAUCCCUCCCACUGGGGAAACAGCCAUUUUGGCCAGAAAUCUGUGUCAGCAGUGGCUUUUCUCCCCAGCCAUGCCUUCCUCACGCGCACCCUGCUGCAGUUCGGUGUGCCACCGGCCACUUUCCUCUGGCAUGCGGGCUGCCGGUCUGCAGGGUAGCAAAACACCUUGGAGAAUAUCUGUGGUCUCCCGCACAUGUUUGUUUGCAUCUACUUUUCUUGAAGAUAUAUAACCCAUGCCACUGUCAAUGCCUUAUGAUAUUUUGAGCACAGCAGGGGAAAACAACACCACACCACUGUAUUUCCCUUUUUAAGCUUUAAAAGGAUGCUACCAGCUACAUGGGGUUUCAACGCAGGGCAGGGGGGGAGGGGAUAUUUUUUAAUGACAAGGCUUUAAAAACUUUUGAAGCUGUGAUUAAAAAUUGCACAAUAAAAAAUUAUAUUUAAGUUCAGUGUGUCAAAGGAGUGUUUGCAUCCACAGCGCAGAUGCAUUCUGUGAAGGGUUAUGUAUCAGGGGGUAAUAUAGAUCAGAAAUGAGAAUAAGGAAGGCUAAGUUUGUUUACAUUGUCCAAGUUCAAUACAAGAAGUAAAGAGAGAGUAAAAUGGAGUGGAAAGUCUUACAUACAGUCAACAUAAAGGUAAUAAUAUAUUAUGAUUAUACUAAUAAUAUAAGUUACAACUAAGACAUCAAAGUUAUUGUUUGCCUGGUAGCUUCUUUUUAGAACUUUUCUAAUAGUUCUGUUUAUUCCAAUGCUUGUGACUUUUAUAUUUGAAGAUUUUAA